AACAUCAAUAUAUAGUGAAGAAUUAAAUUUGACUUGAGAGUACAUCCUUGGAAAAUUUCCCUUCUACCAAAAAAAAUAAAGAGAAACCAACUUGAAAGAGAUAAAUAGCUAGAAAAUAUCCCAAAAUCUCAUUAAAAAGCCACCCAAUUAGGGCUAAAAACAAACUUUUAAGGAUAUUACUAAUUAAAUUCCCUUAAAACAAAAUAAUAACUUUGGCUGUCAAUUUUUUGUCCUCGGAACAUGGCCUUAAAAAAGUGAUUAGCUGGAUCGAUCACACCCCAUUUCAUCCUUUUCUUCACAUAGGCAUACCUUUCGUCCUUUUAAAGUCAAUAAAACCCAAAUAAACUUUUACAGAAAUAAUUAAAAUUGUUUAUUCAUUUUGAGUAAGAAAAAGAAAAAGUGUAGUCCUAAAUUACAUAAACUUUUACAUUACGUAUAUAUGAUCUCUACGUACAUGAAUUUUUUUUCAUAAUUUCAGAUAUUUUUAUUGAAUUAAAUCUGACAGACAGAGAGACCAUCACACCCCUCUCUCUUGCUUACAUUCCCACAAGCUUCCAAACAAAGAGAAUUAAUGGAAAGUAAGAUUUCAAAGGAAUAAUUUCUCUUCCUCGUCCUCUCUCACUCACAACCCUACGCAUAUAAAAUAAUUGAAAGAACUAUAUAUUAAAUAGUUAAAAAAGAAAUAAAUAAACAAAACCCUUAUCUUCUUCAUGAGAAUCAUUUCCUCUCCACAAAACCAUGCCUCCUCUCACUUUUCAAUAAUCCCUCCAUAUAUGACUCAUGCUGAGAUCAUAUGACCAAUAUGGUUCCUCUUGAAUCCUCAACGCUUUUCGGCGUUUACGGCGGUUUCACGGACGCGAUGAUGAUGAGAGAAACAUCUACAAACAAUCAAGAUCCUAGCGGAGAUACAUGCUCCGUAUCCGAUCCAACAGCAGCUUCUACUGAUUAUUAUAACAUCUCUUCUUCUCCAGUGAAAGACGAUGGAACGGCCGCAAAGAACGACGUCGUUUGUUCUAUUAACGUAGAAGAUAAUAAAGACAAAUCUUGGCUCCGUUUAGGUAUAGGCCCUGAGGAGAGCAACAAUAACACGGGGUCGUAUAAGCUCCAACGUUGUUGUAGCAAAAACGGAAGUGGAAGAGAGAAUUCAUUAGAGCUCAGCUUGUUCUCUUCAUCCUCAACCGCGGCAGGAGCGGUUAGUAAUAGUGUAGAUCACCUACCGACGCAACCGCCGCAGCUACCAUAUCAUCAUGAUCAGUUAUUGACGAUGCGUGGACCGUCAUUGGUUUAUAAUCACCAAUUAAUUAGGUCUCAAACGUUAUUAAAUCGCGGCUUUUCGUUUCCAUCUUCAAAGCCGUGGAUACCGCAAUAUACGGCACCGUUUAGACCGUCAUCAUUGAGUGACCGUGACGUCACUAACAAUAACAGUGUUUCAAAGAGUUGUUGUGUGGAUGAGGGAGGAGCUGGACCAAGCUCCGAGUUUAGGGUUCUUGAUCCUCCAAGAAGACCACAUUCUGGUCUUUGGUUUCUUCUUCAAGCUUCACAAUUUCAGGAAAAGGAACCGUUCCUGCCUCAAGUGAACAAAAGCUACUUGAGAAUCAAAGAUGGGAGAAUCACCGUUAGAUUGCUAAUUAAGUACCUUAUGAAGAAACUUGACUUGGAUAGCGAAUCUGAGGUAGAAAUAAGAUGCAGAGGACAACAAUUAUCGCCGUUGUUGACGAUGCAGCAUGUAAGAGAUUCCAUAUGGACUCCAAAAUCACCAUCAUCUCACUCUUUCACUUUGCUUCGGGACUCAUCAACUACUGAUCAUGUAAUGAUUUUGCAUUAUGGUAGGACUGCUUAAUUAAAUCUUUAUUUCAAUUAGUUUUUGCACUAAGUCUAACAUUUUUCGAUCAUCAUAAUGUGUUUAAUUAUAUAUCCCUCUCUUUUUUGUUUGGGUUUUUGAUC